CCGCCCCAUUCCGGUGGACCGUCGUCGCAUCGUAUGGGUGGGCAGCUAGGCGGACCGCCGGGAAGCUUUCUCGGUGGUCCCGGCGGCUCGCAUCAGAGCUUCAAUCAGCAGGCAGCCGGUCCACCGCCGAACAGUGGUAGCGUGAUGGGCAUGGGAGGUGGAGGGGGUCCCGCAGCGGCUGCAGCGGCGGCUCGCUUCCAGUCCUUUCAGCGCUUUGCCAUGCCAGCCUCGAUGCGCCACAUGAUGGGCAACAACUCUUCUACUCUACUUACACCAAAGCAACAAUCGAUGCGCUAUCCGGGUCAGCAAACUCCACCAGGCUAUAACCCAAACUCACCACAACCACCUCAGCUACCGCCUCAGCUUUCGGGUGGUCCCGUUGGACCAGGAUCCGUCGGUAGUGUCUCUGGUAGCUCCGGCAGUGGAAGCAGUGGCGCCAAAUGGCACAUUCCGCAAAAUGUGCAAUCACCACAAAACAAUGGCUUCGGUGGAGGAUCUUCUGGAUUGCAUCUCUUUGGGAACGGAUUAAACGAAUCGUUUAAAAUACCGUUGAAAUCUCCGGACACGAUCCGCAAUUCGUUGCUGCAGAACGGUGGCAACAAUUCAUCAUCCAGUGCCGGACACAGCGGCUCCUCGUCCAUGCAUCACCAUCAUCAUCAUCCCCAUGCGCACCAGCAGCAGUUGCAGCAACAGCAACAACAGCAGCAACAACAACAUCAACAUCAACAACAUCAGCAACAACAACAGCAACAGCAAUUACAGCAACAACAGCAACAGCAAUUACAACAACAGCAGCAGCAGCAGCAACAACAACAACAGCAGCAGCAGCAACAACAGCAGCAACAGCAGCAGCAACAUCAACAGCAACAGCAGCAGCUUCAACAGCAGCAACAACUGCACAGCCAACAGCAAUUGCAAAAUCAUUUGCAGCAGCUUCAGAAUGCACUUCCUAAUGUGACUUCUACGAAUCCGAAAACUCCUAGUCCAAGCACAAACGAGCCUGGCAAAGAUUUUGCCGAAUCGAUCGAUAAAACUUGCGAAGACUCGGUGAACGAUCUGAUGGCGACGAUUGCAAAGCUGGAUUCGAACGGCGUGCAGGUGUUACCGGAGGGUCACCGUGGUAAGACGACAUCACCGCAAGUUCACAGCUCAACGGAUUUGAAUACCAGCAGCAGCGGUGGCAACGUGUUGGUUACUAACUCCGGCAGCACUAACAUAAACAACACCAGCACCGCUAGUAGCGGCAGCAGCAACAACAGUUCUUGUAGCGCAGUGGUUGUGAUCGAUGACAAAACUAUGCCCAAGGAACUCGACCCAAACGAGGACUGGUGUGCGGUGUGCAUGGACGGUGGCGAGCUGAUGUGCUGUGAUAAGUGCCCGAAAGUUUUCCAUCAGACAUGCCACAUACCGGUCAUCGAUUCGUUGCCAGAUGAAAGCGAAACCUGGCAGUGUUUGCUGUGCUACAACUUUGCCGAUCUUCCACCAGAACCAACGGGAGAAAAGCGCAAUGUCGGAAUUACACCACUGGAGUUGAAGAUUCUGCAAAGAAUAGUGCUGGAACUGUUUUGCCAAUACGAGACGAGUAUGCCAUUCCGACUGCUGGAACCGGAAACUAACAAGGCGUAUUAUGAUAUCGUACAAAAUCCAAUUUCGCUAACCAUUAUUCGUGAAAAGUUAGAAAUGAGCAAUAAUGAUCACUACACGGACAUUGUAUCAUUCAUCGCCGAUGUGAAGCGUCUGUUUGAUAAUGUUUACCUUUAUUAUCAGGAGGAUAGCACUACAUACAAAAGUGCACGAAAGCUGGAAAAGUUCUUUGAACAUCAGCUUCUAAAGUGGUUGCCCAAGUACCUAGAGUUGGAUUGUUUCUCCGACGAUUUUCUACCCAACCCAACCAAGCGUAUGAAGAGCCACCAGGACUAACAGUCACUGCAGGAGGCCGCUGCUCCCAACCGGAUUGAAGGGCAGCCGCAACCCCAAUUACAGGAUAGCUUUUCUGAGUUGGAGCCGGAAGAUUUGUCGUUCACUUCAUUGAAACGUUCUGAAUGUUCGGAUGGGUCCGAAAAACCCGUGAUCGAGGAAGAAGACGCUUCUGAGCAGCAAACGGCUGAGAAGGAUUCGCUGGGAUCGCAUGCAAACCCAAACGUGGAUGGAACAAAGGUCGUUUCUUCGGACCAUCCGAUGAACGGCGAUGGAGAGCAGCAACAACCCGACAAUGACGGGAGGCCUAGUGCACGGGAGACCCAAACGCCACCGUCGACAGCGCGCCGGCUUACUGACGGAUUGGGACUUGCUGAUGAUGAUGCCUCCAUCACCAAAAGUCCGUCGGGCUCGCCGGACGCGAACACGCCAAAGCCGGCAUCGCCGCGAGAAGCACUGAAUGUCGCGACGGAAUCGCCUAGUGCACAGGCGUUCAUAGCAUGAAGGACAAAUUGCACAGAAAUUUCUUUUUGCGCCACUGAGCAAACGUGUAAAUAUUAGAAUCUGAAACGAAGGUAGUUGCAACAGCAAUCGAAACUCAGCCAACAGUGUUACUCUGUCAAUGUAUUUUGCUGCAUUGUGACCGAUCGCAUGGAUCUGUCGAAACAGUAGAAGUAAAAGUUUGCUAAUGCUAGAAUAUGCAAUUGUUAGUGUGAGCCUUUGUGAAGGUGUGCAAGGCUGAAAUAUUUUAUCAACUCUCAAAUUGAUAAGAACGCCAUUUGACAAAAAAGGGUGUUAGUAUUGUUUGGCAACAACCAUUAUGGAAAUCUGGUACAAUUUGUAGCGAUUAUGUAUAAGUCACCUUUAUUAUGAUUACUUACAUGUUGCUGUAAGAAUCAGUUUGAUAUCGUUUUAUACCUCACUUUCAUCUACCCAUCUCUUUCCGUGGGAUAAGUAUACCCUGCGAGAUCCGGUCACAAGCAUCAGAAUCAGAAUUCGUUGGUUCGUAUUAUUUAUUUUGUAGCCUCUACUGUAGUUUUACAGGCGAUAAGGUGUGGAUUAUGUAUCAUCUAAUCAUUUACCGUUAAGCUACUAGAAGGUAUUUUGAUUCCCGUCUGUUGCUCAGCAGCAGCGCAUGGAAAACCAUUACAUUGUUCUAAAGGAACCCAUCCCCAGUAUGGGUAAACAGUCUGAUGCUGUGCGAUGUUGCACAAAAUACUUUGCUCGUUAAGACUACAAUAGUUGCUAUAAGCGAGUGAGCGAGCGAGCAUGACAACUAUAAACACUCGAUCGAUCAAUCAAUGUACCGCAGCCCGAGACGUUCAAAAGUAUACGAAAGCGAUCAGCUCAGAAUGCCGGGGAAUUUUUAGACCUGCUAUCGAAAUACGAUGAAGGCACAUGGCGGUGAUUGGCAAAACAGAUCACAAAGUAUUUAGCGGUGUGAGGUCAGGUGUGAUGGUGAUGAUGAAAGUAUGAUGCUGUUUCCCAAAAUCACCACAAACUCAUUAAUCUUGUGAAUAUCCAGCUAUUAUUAAAUAAGAUAUUACGAGUAAAACAGUAGCAUACAGGUGAUAAUCAAUGGGAUUGAUCGCGACCGUACACACAUUUUUACUACUCCACAUACCUUCUUCUCAAACACACUCUUCCAAUGAUUUGUAUGGUACGGAACGAGGUUUGCAGUGCUAAAAUGGCAUAGUUUGUUCCGCUGUACGCUAUGACGCUAUGUGUAGAUUACUAGUUUAUUGAAGCAUACUUGAUGCAAGUAUAACUCGGAAACUUGUCCUGCGAAUUAUGAAUAUGCAUAAGAUCGUAAAGUAAGAAAUUUGAGCGAAAAACAUUGACAAACGUCGAACAUUGUAAAUUGAGAAUUGUCAGGCUAGAAUAAAGAAAAAUUUCA